AAUAAAAGGAGUAAGAAGGAGGCGUCUCUGUCUCUGUCGUUGUUGCCACUCGAUCUUUCUCUGAACUGCUUGGCCCGCCUCUCGAGAUUGGACAGCGCGGCCUUGUCUCUGACCUCCAAGAGCCACCGCUCUCUCGUGGUUUCGCCUGAGCUCUUCCGCACGCGUGAGCUAAUGGGUUGUACCGAGGAGUACUACUACGUCUGCUUAAGCAUUCCUCCUGCCCCAACACCACGCUGGUUAAUCCUCCGCCGUGGAGGGCCUACUCUAGAUGACGCCGCUGUUAACAAGUCAGUGAAUCAUCGGCUGAGACCGAUCCCAUCGCAUCCCUAUCAGCCUCCAGAAUCGUCAUCUUUCGUUAAGCUGAAUUUAGGGAUCUAUGUAAUCGGUGGACUCAUAGACGGAAACCCCACUUCGAGUGUCUUGCUUCUUGAUUGUCUUUCUCACACGUGGAGCCGUAUCCGGUCCAUGAGAGUGGCUCGUGCUUCACCAGCGGUAAACGUAGUCGACGGUAAGAUUUACGUCUUUGGAGGCUGCGAGGAAGUUGAUUCUUCCAACUGGGCAGAGGUGUUCGAUCCAAAGACAAAAACUUGGGACACCUUGCCAGUGCCUGAAGAUCCGGAGAUUCCAAAGAACACAAGUGUGAUCGACAAAAGUGUGGUUAUGGAAGGUAAAGUUUAUGCCGUGGACGAGAAGGAUCAAAGCUUCUACUUCCUGCCACGUGAAGGUAUAUGGAGAAGAGGGAAUCCGGAUUCUAAGCGGGGAACCAGAAAAGACUGGUGUGCCAUAGGGAAACUGUUACACUGUUGUGGUACUCGCGGGAAAAUACUAUGGUGUGAGGCAGAUGAGUUGGAUUGGAAGGAGGUGAAGGGUUUGGAUGUUGUGCAGUGGUGUGUAUUUGCUUUAAAAGCAAACAACUGUGCUAUGGACGAGACUCUCGCGUGGAAGCUCCACAUGACCGAAGAUGGUUUCAGCAGACUGAGCAGCAAUUCUCGGGGGAACAUUGUGGUCUUCUGGAGAGUGCAUAUCCCUCGUACUGAGCGGUUGGAGCUUUGGUGUGCGGAGAUUUCUUUGGAGAGACGCGAGGGAGGCGAUAUUUGGGGGAUAAUUGAGUGGGCUGAUGCUGUCUCUAAACUUAAUCGUUUCUCAUAUAAUGUUAAGGUCUAAAGACUGGCAAUAAGAUAAAUGAAUCACAGUACUCUGUUUGACCAAUCUUCUGUCAUAGGAUUCUGAGAAUU